AUGUUGUCGGCAUUCACCGCACAGCCCAUUGUUGAGCUGAGGCAGCGAGACAAGUCCAAGAUCGAGUCCAUUCUCUCCCACAGUGACCAGCUCCUCGUUGGUUUGAACACAGGCUCCCUUCGUAUAUAUCGCGUCACCAAUCCUCCCUCUCGAUCCUCCGAAACCGAAGAGUCCAUCGCGGACCAAGCCUCCACGAAUGAUGCAAGCACCAAACCUCCUCCGCCCAAGGCAUCGGAACUCCUUCGUGAGUAUGAGAAGUUCUCGCGGUACAAGGUUGACCAGCUUGCUGUGUUCCGUGAAGCAAAUAUAUUGAUAUCUUUGAGCAAUGGUCUUGUCUCAAUUCAUGACCUGGGAACUUACGAGCUGAAUGAACAGUUGACAAAGACAAAAGGAGCCAGCAGUUUUGCUGCAACGAGUAAUAUUGUCAAGGAUACCACUACAGGCGUGCCCACUCUUGUCAGCCGACUGGCCGUUGCUGUCAAGCGCAGGAUUCUGCUUUGGUCAUGGCACGAUGGCGAACUUGACGGGGAUGCCGCCGAGUUCGCGCUCUCUAACAGUGUUAAAUCCUUGACAUGGGCAACAGGAACAAAGAUUGUUGCGGGAUUGAACGCUAAUUAUGUCAUGGUCGACAUUGAAUCCCAGGAAGUUAAGGCCAUUGUGGGUCCUGGAAGUAUCGGAGGUGCUGCUGGUCAGGAGACGAGUAGGUUAGGCGGCACCAUGAGCUAUAUCGGUAUGGGUGGAAUGGUCCCCACGCCCCUGGCAACCGGUCUGGGAGAGAAUGAAAUGCUUCUGGCCAAGGAUGUCAAUACCUUGUUCAUCGACAGAAAUGGCGAGGCCAUUGAUCGACGUCAAAUACCAUGGCGUAUUCCCCCUCAAGCCGUGGGCUACUCCUACCCAUAUCUGUUGGCGUUACAGGAGCCCACGAAAGGUGUCCUAGAAGUCCGAAACCCUCAAACAUUGACAUUGCUCCAAUCAAUUGAACUUGCUGGGGCAGUUCUUCUCCAAGUACCCAAUCCAAAUAUAAGCCUGGCACACCAGGGUAAAGGUUUCCUGGUUGCCAGUGAACGAAGCAUUUGGCGCAUGCAGGGACUCAACUAUGACGUCCAGAUCGAUGAAUUGGUCCAGGGUGGUCAUCUCGAUGAAGCGAUCAGCCUCCUGGAUAUGAUCGAAGAAACCUUGGUCAAUAACAAAAUUGGACGACUUCGUGAAAUCAAAAUGCAGAAAGCGCAGAGGCUCUUCGACGAGAAGAAAUUUCGGGAAUCGCUUGAUCUCUUCGGAGAGGUGUCUGCACCUCCAGAACGAGUCAUCAAGCUGUAUCCGGAAAUCAUCACGGGUGAGGUGGCUGCCGAGAAGAUUGUAGAGGAGCCUGAGCCCACAGAAGCACUCAAGAGUCAAGAGUCACCCAAAAAGAAGGGACAUAAAAAAAGCGACUCACUGACGAGUCCAGUAUCAAAGGUCAAGAGUGGUGCAUCAGAUGUAGACACCAACAGCAUAAAAAGCAAUAAAACCGCUGAGAAUGCUGGCUCGAAAUCGAACGGUCUGAACGAAAAGGAGCUCAAGUUUGCCGUCCGUGAACUACAAGCAUUUCUCGCUGAUACACGUCGAAGGUUGCAGCGGUUCUUCGACAGCGAUCAGUCUGUGUUGGCUCUUUCAGACGUACAAUUGGGAUCCCAGUCGGAAGAUAUCAGGCAAAGUACGGAGUAUCUCUUGGACUUGGCUUCUCUAGACGAUGUCAAUUUGUCUGACAAAUUGAUUGCUGUGGCCCGACUUGUGGACACAACGCUGUUCCGGGCGCAUAUGUAUGCGACACCAUCGUUGGCAACUUCUCUCUUCCGAAUCUCUAAUUUCUGUGACCCAGAAGUUGUGAUGACCAAAUUGGAGGAAACAGAACGAUACAACGAGCUUAUAGAGUUCCUCUACGGGAAAAGACUGCAUCGACAGGCACUGGAAAGACUGCAGAAAUUUGGCCAGGCCGACAAGACCGAGGACAUCGACUCCCAGCUGCACGGACCGGAGCGCACAAUCGCAUACCUCCAGAACUUAGGCCCUGAAUUGAUCGACAUGAUACUCGAGUUUGCACAGUGGCCACUGGAAACGCAGCCUAAUCGGGCGAUGGAAAUCUUUCUGGGAGACACAGAGAAUGCAGAAUCGCUGCCGCGGCACAGAGUAUUGGCAUUCCUGGAGUCGAUUAACAAAGCCUUGGCCCAGAGGUUCCUCGAGCACGUGGUGGAUGAACUCGAUGAUCAGACUCCGGAUUUACAUCAACGGCUUGUAACAAUCUACCUGGAAAGCUUGAAAGAUGACACGCCGAGCGAUGAAGACGAAGUCUUGAAUAAGUUCUUGACGCUACUGCGAACUUCAGAACACUACUCUCCAGCGAAGACACUCGGACUACUUCCUCGAGAUGACCCAACCUUCUACGAGGCUAGGGCAAUCGUCUUUAGCAAAAUGGGCAACCAUAAACAGGCAUUGGAGAUAUAUGUUUUCAAGCUACAUGACACAAAGAAGGCUGAAGAAUACUGCAACCAGACUCAUUUGGAAGAGACGAUCAACGGUGAUAAUAAACAGAAAUUCCGUCGCAAGUCCACCACGGAUCCGGUGGAUGAGCAAGCGACCAUUUAUCACAUACUUCUCAACCUUUAUCUGAAUCCACCUAAAGGGGAGAAGGCAAUGUGGGAGCCAGCUAUUGAGUUGAUGGCACGUCAUGGAUCUCGACUGCCUGCCAGCUCGACGUUGGAUCUGAUUCCCGAGGACUUAGUGGUCAAAGAGCUCGAAUUUUACUUCCGCGGACGCAUGCGCAAUGCCACGAGUAUCAUGAACGAGUCAAUGAUUACGUCGGGGCUGAGAAAGGUCGAGGCUGUGCGUGUUCAAGCAGCGCUAUUGCUGGGCGAGGGCACGCCAUCAAGUGGUCGGAAUCGGAAAGUCCGAGUGGAUGAGGACCGAGUCUGUGGUGUGUGUUAUAAAAGACUUGGAAGCAGCGUUAUCAGUGUGUUUCCCGAUAAUUCGGUAGUCCAUCUCGGAUGUGCAGUUCGUAAACAGAACGAAAUAGCUGGGAAAGCAUAG